AUGAGUCCCCCAACUUCGUUUCGAGCUGUUUACAAGCAGCUGGGUGAGCAAGAGAUUGACGUUGAUGUUUACCUGCCUUCUGUUGGGACUCCUUCUGCAAAAUGCCCAGUCCAUCUCGAACAUGUCUUUGCAUUCGGCACUUCAUCUGGCGGGCAUUUAUCACUCUGCUUGGGCUUUGGCGUUCCUCGUCCAGUCGCAGGGAUCUACGACAUGUAUGGACCUAGCAACUUUGCCGACGACUUCUGGACGACAAAGCUUGAGGGUAUGAAGUUACCACCUGGACUUACAGACACAUUCCUCAACAAAGUGUUUGACGAGGACCCAGUCCCCAUCACUGGAGGCGUCUCCCUCGAAGGCCAGGCAACAGGACCUCCAGAUUUCAGUGACCCCCGACAAGCAUAUGCCCUGACACAACUAGCUAGCGGUACUGUCCUCGAUGCCAUCUUCCCUUCAAAAGACUGGAGCAAAGUCGACCCUGCACUGAAUGUCGAUUCUUCGUUUCCUCCGACAUUUAUAGUCCAUGGCGAUGCAGAUACAAAGGUCCCGAUUCAUCUGAGCAGAAAGCUGUUUGAUAUGCUAAAGCAGAAUGGUGUUGAGUGCGGGAUGGUGGAGGUUCCUGGGGAGGAGCAUACUUUUGCGGCCAAGAUGGAAGUGGGUUCUGUUACUUGGAAUCUUCAGCGACAAGGCUUUGACUUUCUUGAGUCUUUGAUCAAGCAGUGA